AUGGCUUCCUCGUCGGAACCCCACCACUACGACCACCACCAUGUCAACCACAUCUCGCGCAUCAUUCAAUCCACUGCUUCCAAUCUUUCCUCUCUCCUCACCCCCAAAACGACGCCGUCAGCAACACCUCCGGUCAAUUCACCCUCAAAGAUUUGCGCUCCACUACUCUUCGCUGACUCUUCAGCAGCCGCAAUUGAGUCGAUUCAGUCUCUGUCGUUUUCUUCAAAGCCAUCUUCUUUUUCAUCGUCGUCGUCAGCAAUGAAAGGCAUGCCGUCAGAGUCCGGUUCGGCGUUUCCUUCUACAGUGAGGAUUUCUGGUCUGAAUUCGCCAGGGAAAUCCAGUGGGCCGGCCUUUGUGGGCCAGGUUUUCAGUAUGUGUGACCUUUCUGGGACUGGUCUCAUGGCUGUCUCCACUCACUUCGACAUUCCCUUCAUCUCCAAAAGAACACCAGACUGGCUUAAGAAGAUGUUUUCAGCAGUUAUUAAGAGUGAGAGGAAUGGCCCUGUUUUCCGCUUUUUCAUGGAUCUGGGUGAUGCAGUUUCUUAUGUUAAGCGGCUGAAUAUUCCAAGUGGUGUAGUUGGUGCUUGUCGUCUUGAUUUAGCAUAUGAGCAUUUCAAGGAAAAGCCUCAGUUAUUCCAAUUCGUUCCAAAUGAGAAACAGGUCAAGGAAGCCAACAAACUUCUUAGGACAAUGCCACAGCAUGACCUAAUGAAAAGGGUUGACGGCGUUCCUGUUUUCUCUGCUCAAAACUUAGAUAUCGCGAUAGCAACAACAGAUGGUGUCAAGUGGUAUACACCAUACUUCUUUAAUAAAAACAUGUUAGACAACAUUCUUGAGGAAUCAGUUGAUCAGCAUUUCCAAUCAUUGAUUCAAACACGGCACUUGCAGCGCCGACGGGAUGUUAUUGAUGACAACCUGGCAGCAGAAGUAGUUGAAGAGCUUGGAGACAGCAUUUGGGAGCCUCCAGAGGUUCAGGAAGUGAUGGAUGAAAUGGGCCAUCCUGGAAUACCAUUGAGUGUCAUAUCUAAGGCUGCUGAAAUUCAGCUUCUCUAUGCUGUUGACAGAGUAAUCCUUGGGAACAGAUGGUUGCGAAAAGCCACUGGAAUUCAACCCAGCUUUCCUUAUAUGGUUGACUCAUUCGAGAAAAGGAGUGCGGCUUCUUUCUUGAGAGCGUGCGAGUCAUCCAGCUAUGUUUCCAACUCAGAAUCAGAAGAUAAUAAUCUACUGCAGCACCUUGGCCCUUCAAAAAUUGAAUCAAAGGACAAUGUUCAAGCUGAUCAAGGACGGAAGCUGGAUUUUCAAUUUCCAUUUGGGGAUUGGUUAACUGUUCCAUGGUCAAAACAUCAGCAAAAGCACCAGAGCCAAUCGGAUAAAAGAAUGGUAGAUACUACAAGGGAAUACAGAAGAGAAGAAUUACAGCCAAAUCCUUUUCUGCCUAAGAUUACUAUGGUUGGUAUUUCAACUGGGGAGGCAGGGCAGAUGAGCAAAGCCAGUUUGAAAAAGACAAUGGAUGAUCUAACAAGAGAAUUGGAACGGGCAGAUCAGGGAAAUGUGGCUGGCACCAGUGGUAAUGACUUCAGACUUGAAGAUAGGGAUCCACUCUUUGUGGCAAAUGUGGGGGACUACUAUUCUAGUGUGGCAAGAACGGGUUCGACUGGCUGGUUUCGUGGAGGAGACAGCUAA